UGCAGCCUCACUUGCAUUCAGAUAAGUCCUCUCGGGGACAUUAUUGUGUGAUUGAAGACUGCUGCCUCGACGAGGACGACCUCUUACAACAACAACAACAACAGCAGCAGCAGGAGGUUGACGAGAUCGAGGCAUUUGCCCACCUCCCCCGCCGGGCUAGCGAGUGGAAGGAAGGAGCGAUGGCCACCGAAGGUUUGGGGUUUUUGGGCUUGGGCAUCAUGGGUGUAGCCAUGGCAAAGAAUUUGCUGAAGCUCGGUGUGCCCGUGUGUGUGUGGAAUCGCUCGCCUGAGAAGUGCGAUGCUCUGGUGGCGAUGGGUGCCACGGCCGCCAAAUCCCCUGCUGAAGUCAUACUGAAGUCGAAAAUCACUUUCGGCAUGCUUGCUGAUCCAGCAGUUGCCCUGACAGUGGCGUUCGGGCCUGGAGGAGUCGUGGAGUCAAUUAUGCCAGGCAAAGCGUAUGUUGACAUGUCCACUGUGGACGCCGAAACCUCGAUGACGAUCAGUAAGGCAAUCACCGAGAAGGGAGGUCGAUUUCUCGAGGCACCUGUUUCAGGAAGCAAGAAACCUGCCGAAGACGGUCAACUAGUCAUACUUGCUGCUGGGGACGAGUCGCUUUUUAACGAUGCCGGGGCAGCUUUUGAUGUCAUGGGGAAAAAAUCCUUUUUCCUUGGAGAAGUCGGCAACGGUGCAAGGAUGAAGCUUGUAGUGAACAUGAUUAUGGGAAGCAUGAUGACUGCUUUCGCAGAAGGCCUUUCGCUGGCUGAGAAGGCGGGGUUAAGUCAAAACGACCUUCUUGACGUUCUGGAUUUGGGAGCUAUUGCGAAUGGCAUGUUCAAACUCAAAGGUCCAAGUUGCAUCAAGGGAAGUUUUGCUCCCGCAUUUCCCUUGAAACAUCAACAAAAAGACAUGCGUCUAGCUCUCGCCCUGGGAGAUGAAGUGGCACAAACGAUGCCUGUAGCUGCAGCUGCGAAUGAGGUGUACAAGAAGGCCAGAACCCUGGGUUUCGGAGACAACGACUUUUCAGCUGUGUACAAGGCAAUCGCUGAUAGUUCUUGAGCAAUGUUCUUUGAGGAAGAAAAGGGCGAUGCUUACCGUUUUGAAGCCUAGUUCUCCUCAACGAAAUAGGCCAAUCUACAAGCUGAUGCAGACGAGCAAUAAACUUAGAUGUCUAUUCCAAGCAAGCAGUGUACAUGUACCCAAGCAAACAAGCACUAUCUCUUGAGCUGCCGUAGCCAGGGCCAGAGCUCAAGUCUUUGGGUAUGAGUGUGGCGCAUAAUAAGAAAUUAGUCUCUAGUCAGCUUCCAUCAGAUACGGGUCCUUCCGUGUAAAGAGGAUGUAAUUUGUAAAGAGCCCAAAUAGAAAUGUAAUUUAUUGACCGCUGUCCCUUAC